GUGUGCGUUGGGUGCGAAAAUUAAACAUGGCAGCGCGCCGCUGCUAGAAAAAGAUUAACUUAUCCGUAACAUCCUAAUUCAAAAACCUGGAUUUCAAUUCGGACCUGGACCAACUGGAGGAUUACAUUGACCAUCACUUCAACAGACUUUGUACAAUGGGCCGAUCACGCAAAGCCAAAAAACCACGCACUUCGGAUUCUCCCUUAUCAACCGAUUCACCGUUAUCACCAACAUCACCAGCAUCCACUCCUACCGAAACAAACUGCUGUUCCGACAUACUUUUAUCAAUCAACGAGCGCUUAUCUAACCUGGAUUCUAGACUCUCACUAAUCGAAGUACUGCACAAAGAAUUUCAAAACAUCCGCCAUAGCCUGGAAUACAGUCAACAACAAGUCGAUUCGCUCACAGAAGAAAACAAAUCACUGAAAAGCUCCGUGGACACACUCACUGCAAAACUUUCCACUGUAAACACUCAACUUACCUCCGUCAUCGCUGAGAACAAAGCCAUGCAAGAAACUAUCCUGGAUAUACAGUCACGAAGUAUGAGAGACAAUCUAAUCUUCUCCGGCAUUCCCGAAUCAUCCACCGAAGACCCCGAAAAAUCUGUUAAGGACUUCAUGGUUAACCAGCUCAAACUUACACCAGAGACUGUAGAGCACAUCACUUUCCAUCGCGUUCACCGUUUAGGACAGAAACCCAUCAACUCCACCCGUUCCCGGCCCAUCAUCGCCAAAUUUGAACAUUUCAAGCAAAAAGUACUGGUUCAGCGACAAGGACGGCAGCUCAAAGGGACUCAUUACGGACUCAACGACCAAUAUCCACAAGAGAUCAUCCGCAGACGUAAGCUACUUUUCCCCAUCCGUAAGACAAUGAUCAAUCAAGGUGUCAGCUGUGAAGAACUCACUGCAGUCAGGAAUGAAGAGUUCACUUUAGAAGGCAGCUCUGUUACUCUGUCCUACACAUACUCUAAAAAAGCUGAUGGUCAAGAUCGAUUCUUCUGGUAUCUACAGCAUCCAGGAAAACCACCAGAGUUUCUCAUCUUUCACUUGGGAACACAAAAUGCAACAAGCUCUAGAUGGUCUGUUAAA